CACUGACCAUCAACACCGAGGCCCCUCAAGGUUGUGUGCUUAGUCCCCUCCUGUUCACCCACAACUGCGUGGCUGCGGACGACUCCAACCCCAUCAAGUUUUCCGACAACAUGAUGGUGGUAGGACUGAUGACUGAGGCAGCCUACAGGGAGGAGGUCAGAGACCUGGCAAUGUGGUGCCAGCACAGCAACCUCCCCCUCAACGUCAGCAAGAGAAAGGAGCUGAUCGUGGACUACAGGAACAGAGGGAGCAUGUCCACAUCGAUGGGGCAGUGGUGGAGAGGGUUGAGAGCUUCAAAUUUCUCAGUGUCCACAUCACUAAGGAAUUAACAUGGUCUGCUCAUUUAUGAAGAGGGCAUGACAACACCUCUUUCCCCAGGAGGCUGAAAAGAUUUGGCCUGGGCUCUCAGAUCCUCAAAGUUCUAAAGGUGCACCAUUAAGAGGGUCUUGAAUGGCAGCAUCAACGCUUGGUACGGCAACUGCAAGCCACCUGACCGCAAGGCGCUACAGAGGGUGGUGAGUGCGGCCCAGUACAUCACUGAGGCCGAGCUCCCUGCCAUCGAGGACCUCUACACCAGGCAGUGUCAGAGGAAGAACCAAAAAAUUGUCCGAUGCCAGCUACCCAAGCGAUAUAGACUGUUUUCUGCUGCCGCAUGGCAAGUGGUACCAGUGCACCAAGUCUGAAACCAACAAGACUUCUAAAUAGCUAAUCAAAUGGCUACCCGGACUACCUGCAGUGACCCUUUUUUUUGCACCAACUCUCUUGCACCGACUCUAUGCACACAUUGGACUCUACCCACACACACAUACUUAAACCCCAACAUACACACUACAUAAGCCCACACACACUUUCACACUCACCACAUACGCUGCUGCCACGGUUUAUUAUCUAUCCCGUUGCCUAGUCACUUUACCCCUACCUAUAUGUACAUAGCUACCUUAAUUACGUCGUACCCCUGAACAUCGGAUCAGUACUGGUAUUCAUGUUAUUUUUUACAAGUUAUUCACUGUGUAGUUCCUUGUAUCACUAUUUUGCAUUUUGGAAAAGGACUCGUAAGCAAGCAUUUCACUAUUUGUCUACCCCGGUUUACGACUUCAUGUCAAAUACUUUUGGAUUUGAUAUGACAAUCUCCUCUUUGCCCACAAAGCUGCUAUUCAUCUUGCCUGUAGACAACUCUGCAAGCAUGUAUGUACUUCCAAAAACGGUCUAAAUAAAAAUGUAUAAGGAACUGGACAAUUUUUUUAAUGUAUUGUUUUUGACCAGAAGAGCUACCUAUUGGCACCUCUUUUUUUUUUCUGUUGCUUGUCAAUUUUUAUUUAGACCUUUUUUGGAAGUACAUCCUGGGCGUAACAGCAGUAAAGCGCGAUAGUUGCUGCAAGGCAGGCAUAUUUGAGAAGCAGUCUGCCCCCGCGAUAGAGAGUGUCUUUGGUAAGGACUGGUGCAUGGAUCUAUGGAGAGAUGGGGAGUCAAUCCCUCAGGAUAAAGAGACAACAAUUGGAUCGGCCAUCUUGGGCGAUGAUGGGGUCACUCAGGCAAUAGACUUGGAGGACAAUGAGCCUGACUUGGUGUUUAUCAAAGAAGAGCUGUUUGAGGAUCAGCCAGUGGACCAGCAGAGGGGACAUGCAAGCAACAGAAAAAGGAGCGUAGCUGUGGAAGAUGCUCCAGCAGUAGAGCGAGCAGCUGCCAGUCAACUUCACCUAUACAAGGGGGACUUGAACACAUACCCUGCAGGCAGCCAACAGGUACAGCCUGACACAGAGCAGCCCACAUCCAUUGAGAGCCUCAUGGAAGAUCCCACUCUGGUUGGUCUGGUUGACCACACAGCAGUGCCUGGUCCUGACACAGCCGAUGGGAUGUACAUGGACUAUCCUCCACGCAACACAUACGCACCAAGAAACCGGCCAAGCCUCCAGCAGGGAACUGGAAAAGACCUGAAGCAGCAGUUUGACUGUUUGUUUUGUGGGAAGAGCUUUGGUUAUUUGAGCUAUUUGAAAGUCCACAUCAGACGCCACUCUGGAGAGAAACCGUUUGGCUGCACCGUUUGCGGGAAGCGCUUUGCUCAGAAGACGUACCUGAAGCUGCAUCAGCGUACACACUCUGGGGAGAAACCUUACAGUUGUACAGAGUGUGGGAAGAGUUUCUCUCAGAAGAGCUCGUUGAAUGUCCACCUCCGGAGUCACACCGGGGAGAAGCCUUAUAGCUGUGUCGACUGUGGGAAGAGCUACACCUAUAAACACGGUUUUAACACACACCAAUGUUUCAAUUAAUUUGAUUUUUAAUUUACAUUUCAACCUUGUUUUGAAAACUGGCAACUGAAACAUCUUUAGCCGUAUUGUAAUCAUGGUGGUUUUCGGUAGGUAGAUUAUUUUUUUAAGUUAACAUUUUUGCGCUACUGUGUGCCCUAAUGAACAUGAUCAAGCUGUUACUCUUCACUACAUGGCAGAGAACUGUUCCAUUCAAGUUUUCACUCUGCUCUGUCUGUAGGAUUGCACACAAACACUGCCUUGUUGUCCCACAAUUGGCAAGAGACUAGAUGCCCCACUGUUAGAUGAAUAGACAUUUUUGAAAUAUCUCUAAAGACAUGUACUGUUUGUGUUAAACAGUGGUGGUCCUGAUACGAGUUGUUUGUGCUACUGUGAAGAAUGUCAGUGUAGUAGACCGGUCAUGGAAACAUGUGCCAAAUAAUGAUCUGUAAUGAAUUAAAUGGGUACAGUAAUACAUUUACUUAUUUGUACUCACAUUACAUUUGUAUUCCAUAUGUUAUAAAAAUGUAAACAUGACAAUGAUUAAAUGAUUGAAAUGG